UGAGCAAUUUCACUUCCCUUUAUUCACGCCGCAUUCUCCCAAUCAACAAGAUUCCAUAUUCUUCUUCCUCUUCAUCCCCAUUUCUUCACCAUCUCCCAUUUUUGUAUUCCCUGAUUUCCAGAAAUGUCUGAGCUGUGCAAUUUUUCUAGUCUUAUUAUCUCUGACUUGAUUCUCCUCUGCUCCUUCAUUCGCUCCCACCCUCUCUACUUCUCCUACUUGAUCUUCUUCUCCCCUUACCUCCUCAAGCUCCUCUCCUUUCUCUCCCCUCUCUUCAUCACCACUUCCCUCCUCUCCCUCGCCUUCCUCUUCCUCACCCAAUCGCACUUCACUUUGCAAUUAUUCAACAAAGAUGAUCAAGACCCCCAAAGUUCAGACGAACUCGGCAUCUACGAAAUAGUAUUCGGCCCUCCAUCAAUGAAAGAAGAAACCUUAUCUCAAAUCUUGGACCAGACCCCCCAAAAAGAUCCAAUUUUGGAGGCGGGCCCCGCCGGAAAAAGCGAAAACUCCGGCGAGGUCUCCAAAACGAUGGAUCAGGAGAAGAGGCUGGAGAAUUUCCUGAAAAUUCUAGACAAUUUCGAGCGGCUGGCCUCCAAUGCCGAAGAGAAGAAGCUCAAACCAAAACAGAACCCAUCAGUACUCAUCAAUGGAUCAGCCAUAUGUAAUAAAAAUACAAAGCAAUCAAACUCUCAGCGCAUAAUCGGCGGAGGAGACUCAUUCUCUAGCUACGGGUCGAUGAGGAGGGAGAGGGAGUGGAAGAGGACGCUGGCGGGGAAGCUGUUUGAGGAGAGGCACAACAGCAGUGGCGGAGGAGGGGAAGGGAUGGAUUCGCUGUGGGAGGCGUAUGAGAUGGAGGCCGACAAGGCUAGUACGAGGAGGGGGAAGAAGGAGGAGGAGGAGGAAGAUGAGUUUGCAGGCGGGGAGGUGUGCUGCUUGCAGGCGCUGAAGAUGUCGGCGGGGAAGAUGAGUUUGGGAGUGGGGAGGCCUAAGCUUGUCAACAUUUCUAAGGCCAUUAAGGGGAUUGGAUGGUUGCAUACUUUUACCAAAAACAGCAAGAAGGUUCAUAACAUUGCUGCUCAUAGAUAUUAAUUACCUACUUCUUCUUCUCCUUGCAUCAUUUACACUUUUAUUUUGUUUUUUCAAGUUUUAAGUGGUAAAUAUAUUUUGGGAGUGGGGCUUAUGUUUUAUUCAUGUUUUUUUUUUCUAUACUUGUAUUUACUUACGAAUCAAUGCGUAUAAAUAAUUGAGACUGAAUACCAGUCUUAAACCGGGAUUACAGUUAUGGAAUUGCGCCAAUUCUAAAUGGCA